GUUAUGAAAACACUAGGCAAAGAAAAGAGUUUGAAAAGAAAUUAGCAGAAUUGAAUAAGUAUAAAGAACAAGUUGAAGAUUUAGAAACAAAACUUCCAGAAAUUUUUAGAACAGAGAAAGAAUUAAAUAAAGUUGUCUUUGAAGUCAUUGAAAAAUUAGAACAAA